AUGGGCGCUCUACUAUCUCUACCGCUUAUGGUCAUUCCGAGUGCUAGUACGUCCAGUAUGGCUACGAGGAUUGCCUACGCCUUCAUUCUUUUGAUCAAUUCGAUUAUAUCAUGGAUCAUGCUUACGCCUUUCGCGCUCAAAAAGCUGCAACAUUUGACCUUGGAUUAUAUGGAAAUUCGGUGUGAUGGGAAAGAAUGCACUGGUUGGGUAGCAGUUCAUCGCAUCAACUUUGGCCUGGGUCUCUUUCAUCUCGUCCUAGCGGUUAUGCUGCUUGGUGUGAAAUCAUCCAAGAAUGGCCGUGCGGUCCUUCAGAAUGGUUUUUGGGGCCCGAAGAUUAUCCUGUGGAUUGCCCUCGUGGUUAUGUCGUUUUUCAUCCCGGAGCCAUUCUUCUUUGUUUAUGGCCACUAUAUUGCUUUCAUCUGCGCCAUGCUUUUCCUCUUGUUGGGACUUAUUCUUCUGGUGGAUCUGGCACAUUCGUGGGCUGAGCUCUGCUUGCAGAAGAUUGAUGAAAACGACUCCAGGCUUUGGCGUGGGCUGCUUAUUGGAUCUACUGUGGGUAUGUACAUUGCGUCACUCGCGAUGACGAUCUUGAUGUACAUUUUCUUCGCUCGCAGUGGAUGUGCCAUGAACCAGGCAGCAAUUACUAUCAACUUUGUCGUGUUUUUGAUAAUCUCCAUUGUGUCCGUCCAGCCGGCAAUCCAAGAGUCCAACCCCCGAGCAGGGUUAGCUCAAGCGGCUAUGGUGACUGUCUAUUGCACGUACCUGACCAUAUCGGCCGUUUCGAUGGAACCAGAUGAUAACCAGUGCAAUCCUUUGAUUCGGGCUCGAGGCACGCGAACUGCUACCAUUGUCUUGGGUGCCAUUGCUACCAUGGCCACGAUCGCAUACACCACGACCCGUGCGGCCACCCAGGGCAUUGCAUUAGGGUCCAAAGGUGGACACAACUAUUCGCAGCUGGGAGCAGAUGAUAACGAACAUGGACUUGUGACCCAACAGCCCACUAGUCGUCGUGAGAUGCGCGCCGAUGCUCUUCGUGCGGCUGUCGCCAGUGGUAGCUUGCCUGCCAGCGCCCUUGACGAUAGCGAUGAUGAAUCGGAUGAUGAGGACCAAUCCAAGGACGAUGAAAGAGGAUCGACGCAGUACAAUUACUCGCUCUUCCACAUAAUUUUCUUCCUGGCCACGACAUGGGUGGCUACCCUACUCACCCAGAAUUUGGACCCCGAUUCCAUCGAUGACUUUGCUCCUGUGGGCCGGACCUACUGGGCCAGUUGGGUGAAGAUAAUCAGCGCUUGGGUAUGCUAUGCUAUUUACUUGUGGACCUUGGUCGCCCCAGUACUCUUUCCCGAUCGCUUCGAUGUUUACUGA